ACUGCGUGUCGUGUACAGACCAGACCCAAACAAACGGGAAGUUUACAGUUCACAAAUUUUUAUGAGCAGACGAGAGGCUACGCAUUUGUAGAUUUCCAGCGGGAUGGGUGUGAAUAUUUACAUCGUGUUAGCUGGGAUUCUUAUUCUUGGAGCUCAAGCCGAUCUGUCCAGAUGUCCUACAAACCUGUCCAGGAACCCCUACCUCAAAAGCUUUGGCGAGAAGUGCUACCAGUUUGUGAGGUAUGAGAAGUACUGGGGAGCCGCCAACAGAGACUGUAGGCAGCGGGGAGGACACCUCGUGGUCGUCAAGGACAUGGACACCCAGCAGUUCAUUAUGAGGUCACUGAGAGACCUCCACUGGAGGACAAAUGGCGUCUGGAUUGGCGCCAAUGACCUGUCAAGAGAGAUGCGAUGGGAAUGGAUCACAGGUGAGGGAGUGGGCUUCAGCUUCUGGGCGCCAGGUCAACCCAGCUGCCAUAUCUUGUGUAUGGAGGACUGUGCACAGAUCCGACUUGAUGACGGCGGUAGAUGGCACGACUACAAGUGUGACGGUCUCGCCUUCCACUACAGCUACGUCUGCGAGUACAAUAUGGUACCCACCACAACCAGUACGACAACGACCACCACCACAACGACUACAACUACAACAACCACUACAACAACGACAACAACACCCACAACGACACCGAAACCAACAACCGAAAGCCCUCCAAAUUCAACCAUCACCUACGUGGUCAUCAAACCCCUGGAGAAGAAGACGAACCUUCAGUCAGCUAACAAGAUGAGAAGCACCACAGCUGAGAGCACCGAGUCGACACUGGCCUCCACCACAGAGAGGCCACAGGUCAAUGUCAUCGGACAACUGAGCGAAGUAAAGAAGAUAGAACCAACCGAGCCAGCUAGCUGGACUACAGGUACGAUGAUCGGACUCAUCCUGGCUGUCCUGCUUGGACUGCUGAUUGGCGUGUGUCUGGGGGCGUUCUUCUUCGUCAGACGACGCAAGAAGUCGGACCAAGAGGACCUGCCGCGAGUUGUGUACGAGAACCCUUACUACGGCGAAGUAACACGACCACUCACGGAAGGCCACGAAGAUUCAGACGACGGGGAGAGAGCAACGGAAGUGAAAUUCCUGGAUGAUGAUGUUCCAAAGAACCAGUACGACAUCCCCCCCUCCCUCAGUCUCAGCAACCCCACGUACGGGGCCAACGUCAUGCUGUCGGGGAUGGAGGGGGCGUACGAUGUGGUACGCACGAGGAAGGUCAGUGACUAUGAUUGUCCUCCAAAGCCGUUUCCCUGCUGCAGUGCAAUGGGCUCUGAUGGGGAACAAGUGGAAAACCUGUACGAGAGUCUAGAAAACCUCCAGAACUUAAAAGCAGCUCUUGCUGAGAAGGAUGGCUGUUGUUCCGAGAAACCACCUGAGGAGGAGGAGCGAUAUGUGGUGAUGGGCUCCAUUCCGAGGCAGAACAAGGAGCCAUGAGGCAACACUGUCUCAGACACGCUGACCUAGGCAUUUGUGCUAAGACUUACUAGAAAAACCUGGGCAGUUAUUUUAACAUCCACAAUCGUGUGUUCAAAACAUCGUAACCAAAACAUCGAAUUAUUUCAUAAUUCCCAGAAACGUAUGUCUGGUGUUGGAGGAUGCGAGAUUGACUGUUUAUGUAUAAGAUGAAUCACAUGUGCCAAUGUCUUCCUGUCUAGCAACCUGCCAACUUACAAAACAUUGAACAAAUGUACGGGGACACAGUGGUGUAAGGCGGAGUUGUACCUCUCAGCCCUGCACGGAUCCGCUGAACGUUGAAUCGUGUUCCAGAAACGAGCACUGGUCUAUGCCAUACCUGUGCUUGGUAAACGUAUGUGACCGAUAAUUCACAUCGGGUUUGACUCCCUCGUCAAGCGAACACGCCACCGAAUUCUGCUGAGAUGCGUGCAGCCACAACACACGCACGUAAAAUCAUAAAUAUAUUUUAAAACUAUACGAUAUAGUUUGAGAAACCACAGAAUGACCGCAAACUGUAUCUGGUUACAAUAACGGUGUUUGUGUAAGUACGAUAUCAAUAAGAUGUGCUCAGUUUCCAUACCCCUAAAUCUACCGUACCUAUUCCUGUUGUCAUUUCAUCAAGACAAGAACUUUUAAGUGGUAUGGUAUGGUAUCUUCGUCGUGUAGAACUUCAAGUUCGAGAACUAGUCGGAGGAUGGUCUUCGGCUCGUCAAUUGAUUGUCCAGAGUCGUGCUGCCAGAUUCCAGUUUCUGGGCUGGAACCUCGGAAUCCCCUGUACAGCCUUCACGAUAAUGACAUACUCCUGCUCUGCUGUAUUUGUCUGUGGACUUCCACUAAGUGGACAUGCAAGGACGUUAAACGAAGCACUAAAGCGGCGCCACAACCCUAAACCAUUCACUCAUUGAACGCGGAUGUGUGUUGUGUGAGAGUGUUCACGUGUAUGUUCAUUCUAUUGUUGCCAUCAGCUGAACCACAGAGACAUUUACGAUUUAUGUCCAGUAACCAGAUCGAAACUAACAGACAUUAUUUACUGACGCUUACUUUUCAUAUAAAAUAUCCAGAACACAGUUCAAUCACAGAAAUGUAGGCGUGUGUAUAUCAUGUCAGUUUAGAAACAGAGAUGGGCCGUAAUGUCUAAUCCGUUUAGAUGUAAUGCUGAAGUCACGAAACUCUCCUCAAGUACGCUACCUUCAAAGAACAUCAAUCCCCAGUAAUUGAGUAAUAGAGAGAAAUAGUGAGACAAGAAGACAGCAGUGCCUGGGAGAUAUGUACAUCACUUACAGGUGUCUUGCCACAUAACACAGAACAGUGUCUGACGUAUACACUUGUUGUACAAGUCAAGGGAGUAUGAGAUUGUAUUUGAACAUUAUGUAUGCAUGUUGAUAAUUUAGCCACGAGAAAAUAUAUAUGGCACUGGGAGUAAUUGUACAAAUGAACAAAUGAGUUGUUCGGAAAAGAUAUUACUGUUGCUGACUCUGUGCGUCUUGCUUGUAUGACAUAUAGUGGAAGUGAAGUCUUUAUUUAUACAUGUAUUGCGUCUGUCGAUGGCAUGUGAUAUCACAGGUGAAAUCCUGACCGUCGCGUGAUAUUUGUUCAACUGGCAUAAUUUACAAGGGCAAUGUAACCUGGCACUGAGAACUGUACAACCUCAGCAGCUGUUGAUGUUGUCCUCGUGGACAAGACGCUCACACUGCCCUAUGUUGUCACUGCUUCUUGACAACCACGUUUUCAGGAUCUCUUUCGGACAGCGAAUACUUUGUAUGUGUUCCGUUUCUGUGUCUAUGUUGUGGGUACCAAGUGUCUUAGUAUGACACGAAAAAGUACAACACUGCCUUCUUUGGAAAUUAUCUCAAUGUGUCAUUGCUUGAAGCUGUUCUAUCGAAAUCGGAUCUCAGUGAAGGAGGAUAUACUAGUAUUUGAAUGUUAUUUUUUUAACUUCCGGUGCCCGUUCAAGGAGCACCAUGUUCUAUACAUUAUGCGUUUUAAUCAAUUGUUUAUUUUAAUUAAUCUCGGGAGAAAAACCAGAAUUGAAUAGCUUCUUAUGAUUACAUUUCCAAACUUUCCUGCCUGUGAAAAUGAGAUCUGGUCUUUUUAAUCAAUUUGGUUCUAGUCAGUUAAUACUGUUCAUGUCAUCAUUGUAUCACUGUAAAGUAGGAGAGAUAUGUUGCGUGGAGCCUACGAUAUUCAGAUAUUUACAAACGCAUGUUAAUAUUGUAACCUGUGAAUGAAUGUUGAUUAAUGGUAGUGUGAUAUAGUCGACGCGACCAAAGUUAUGUACCUGGACUGCAAAUCAACGUUUCUGCAGGUAUCGAUAGUAAAACGGAUUGAUAUUUAAUUGAAAGCAAACCCAAAUACUGUCAAGUGUUUAAGACAAUUUUACAUAAAUGAAACAAUAUUAACUUUCUUACACGACAAUAUUUAUGACUACACGAAAACAGAAAAAUAGUUAUUGUGAAAUAGUACUUGACUGACGUCACACAAGAAUGUAGAAUGUAUUGAGACUAGUGCUUCGUAGGCAUGCUAUAGAAUAACUAUGUAUGAUUGCAAUAGAUUUUAUAAGCAUGAGCCGUACUAAAUGUGCAAUUUCCAUAUAGAAAUUUAAGCUAGCCUUUUUACGUUAUCAUAUUGUAAUAUGUGUAAAAAGACAUCGUAUUGUACAGGGCAUGUAUGAAUAUAUUAUAUUUUUAUCAAAGUGCAUGUGAUUAUGUCAAGUUGUGUCCAAGGUACAUUCUGAACAAGAGGUUUAGAAACAAAGCUCUUACUGAAAAGCGCAAAGGUCAUGGACAUACUGACUAUAUGAAUAUUUGUAACGGAUGCAGACAGGCCCAUCCGAAAACAAUCAAAAACGUCUCACGGUGUGGAUGCCUCAGAUAAUACGUUUUCCAGCUGAGGUGUUCGGAGAAUCGUUACUUUAUGUCAAGUGUUUUGACACUUUUGUAUAAAGGCCGUUUGUUACAUGUAGGAGGGCUUCUGUAUAAUGUACCCAACAGAUACAUAUUCGUGCGUAUUUGCCCCUAGUUUAAAACACCACAAAUCAUGAAAUACCAUCUAAUACAUUUGAAUACACACUUUGGUUCAUAUUCAUAAAUCUCACCCAUUAUUUUGACAAUCAAUUCGAAAUUAUUAUACAUUGACAGGGUUCGACAUGUGUAAUGGAUAUGCAUUCGUUUUGAGUUUCAGUUGUGUAUUUCUCCUUAUACUACUGGCCAGUGAAAUUUGUAUUGAUAGUUCAGUAAAUCUCCGAAUGUUAUUUUGGUCCAGUGAAGUACAGACAGGACCACUAAUUAUUGUCCACUCACUGGUCCUGUGGUCUUAUGGGAAAUUUUGAAAAGUUUCUUCCCUGUUUCUGUUGUGAAAAUCUCUGCGUCUGACCAGCCCUUGAUGUACGGCCAGCCUUGACCUACAUUUCAGUGUAAACGCUUUUUCAUUAUAUAUACCAUUGUUUAUAUCUUCAGUUAUAUCUUCAAUUCCAUGGAUAUCACACAGUGCUUUGUGUAUGUAGAUGUAACUAUUGUCUUAAGUAAUGGGCAAAAUCUGUCCAUGUCAUUGUACAUAGCAUUUUUCUGUUGUUCCAAGGUAUACAAAUUUAUCAUUGAUAGUAAGAUUUUGUAUUAAACUUUCAACGCUU